CAGAUGCGUAAUAAUAUGCUUGAACUAGCCGUCUCAGGGCAUGACAUUAGCGUGUAUGCAGAAAUGUAAUAAAAUCAAACAAACUGGCUGGAGUCCAUGUCAAUUUGAUGACGGUCACGUUGUGAAAGACUGGAUUUACAUUACGUCAUCCUUUCUAAAAGCGAACUGUAACAACAACAACAUAUUAAUAGCCCUGUCAUGUCGGAACAGAAUUGUGUUUUCUGCAAAAUUUGUCGAGGUGAAAGCCCUGAAACCAAGAUAUACUACCAGGAUGAGGAGUUGACAGUAUUCAUGGAUCACAAGCCAGCAACUACCCACCAUUAUUUGGUUUGUACGAAACAACACAUCCCUGACCCCAAGGUGCUAAGAAAGUCAGACAUGGGGCUGGUGGAGAGGAUGAUGAACGUUGGAAUGCAGGUUUUGCAGGAAAAUGAUGGAGACACAGGUGAUGUCAGGAUGGGCUUCCAUUGGCCUCCAUUCAACGCCAUUUGUCAUCUACACCUUCAUGUUAUUUCUCCCCAGAGACAGAUGACGCUUAUUUCCAAGGCCAUUUUCAUGCUGAACUCCUUGUGGUUUGUCUCGGUAAAGUGGCUGAUGGACCAUUUGAGUGCAAUGGAAGAUGAGUGACUGUGCGUCUUGAAUGGAAUGCGUUUAGUGUUAAGUUUUGUUACACUCUUAAAAGAGUUUUGUUUGAAUGUACAUUGAUUAAAGAUUAGCCUGAACAUAUCUUUAUUAUGUGAUGAAUUCGUGACUUCUUGUUCACAUGAAUGUGUAUGAGAAACUGUAAAUAUUUUGUUUUUAUAUAGGUCUACCUGUAGGAGUUAAAUGUCCAUAGUUAUGUUAUAAUUGUGUUAGAGUAAAACAAAACUAAAAUAUGAAGUUAGGUUCAUCAUAUUGACAACUGAAAACUUUGCGUAAAAAUACUUUUAUUUAUUUUUUCAGAUUUUUUUAAGUGUGUUGAAAGGCAUUCAAAUAUUUGAAUACUAUGAUGGACUUAUUCUAGAAUUCACUUGUUUGAACACCUUUAACUCUCUUCACCAAAAAUCUAAAAAUAUUAAAUGGAAGUGUAUUUAUUCAUAGUUUUAAGUGGUCUAUUUAGUGAAGCCUACUUAGAUUUGUAGAGGUCUUUACCUUUAAAUUCUUACAAUCUCUGUGUUUAUGUUGAUUGGAUAGUUAUACUAAAAUGAGUAUCGUGUUAAAGCCUUUGGUCACUUGUUUUGUUAAUGGUUAAAGAAGAAGACUUUUAAGUUGUGAUUUAGUAUUAAGAUUUAAGAAUUGAUUUAAUCUGCUAGCUGGUACAUGUAUGUAACUGGAGACUUGGGCUAAGUGCCACAGUUGUCAAGGUCCUCAUUAAAUGGAAUUUUUGAGGAAAUGAUUCUUCGGUAUAUCUCAUGAGUAAAUCUAACGAAUAGUCUAAAUGUUUCUGUAGUCAGAUAAUAGUAUUUCACUGAUGUUAGGUUUGCCCAGCUGGCCCUAAACCAUCCAUACUUGCCAUACUUAACGCCAGGAAACUUGGUACCUCUUACAUGUGUUUUACUCCGGCAGCUGUAGAAGAACAUAUUGCUUACAGCGCAUGUGCCGCUCUCCACGCUCGCUUUACAUGGCCACAGACCCCCAUUAAUUUUCCAUAAGCGACAAUGUUAGCGUUUAGCGUUAUAGCUCAGUCCCAAACAUUCUGUGGCCAAUAAGCUGUGGCGCACACCUGAUGCAGCCUGUGAGAAAGAAGCCAUAAAAAUCUUGACAUAGGUUGACCGUCGAAAUCUAGACCUUUCCAUGCCGGCAGCUGGGAGGCAUGCCUAGCAACGCCAAGGGGACGUCACUCGCAGCCUCAUCACUACUUCACACCUUGUGUCCUCUCGCCCAGAAUUUCAAAAUUUCAUCAA